CUCAGAAACUACGCACCCUAUCAAAUAUGGUCAGGGCUACGCUUGGGAUGCCAAAAAGCGGACAGACGGAGAGAGGAAAAGUCUGGUGCCAUGUCUGCCAAUACCCCAUGGGGUAGCUCGGAGGAAAGCAACAUCGCCGACUGACUUCGUGCGGAGUGGUAACCGGGAAUCGUCGCCGCCUAAGUUCUAAGUUCAGCGAGAGGAUGGGGAGCCAGGCAAAGUUGUUGAGGAGUUUCACCAGGGUAGAACCUCAGACUCUGAGUUUUGUCAUCUUCGCGGGAUGCUUUCUCAUCUCCAUGGCCCUUCUUGCGGGGUCUGCCGGCUCUCUUGUCUCCCUUCCAAGUCUGAGUUCGUGGCUGUCAGCUCACACGACUCCUCCUGUCUCUGGGGCCCAAGAAAAUCCCGGUCCUCAACACCCACACCCAGGUAAGCCAAUUCUCGAAUACCUUCUCCUCUCGAAUCAUCGCCGGGCACACCCAGAUCUAGGAGGGAGGUGGGGACUCUCAUCCCCGUCAUCCAAGCCGGAAAUUAAGCAGUUGAAUCUGCUGAAACGAGGCACCAUGAACAUAGUUGUUCCAAGACCCUUUUGCUUGCGUUGGGACCUAACAAUCUCAGAAGAUGGAACCGACACAAACGAGGAGCCACAGAGAAAGCCCUUGUGCGAUACGUCGGACCGAAGAGCUGAUAUUUGUGACAUGGAGGGCGAUGUCAGGGUCCGUGCUACCUCCUCAUCCGUCUUCUUUGUUACUUCCUCGGAUCGGAACGCUUCGGAACUCCAGCAAUCAUGGCGGAUAAAGCCUCAUCCUCGGAAGGGAGACCAUGCUGCAUUAUCUCGGCUCACCGAAUUGUCUGUAGGUUAUUCGAGUACUCACCAAGAAGAUGUUCCCAAAUGCGACGUCAAGAGCUCGGUUCCGGCCAUCAUCUUUGCGACCGGAGGUUACAUGGGCAACUUCUUCCACGAAACCACCGAUCUGGUCGUCCCCCUAUAUAUAACAUCGCAUAAAUUCGAUGGGGAAGUUCAGUUUCUGAUAAGUGACAUGCUCCCGUGGUGGAUCGCCAAAUACGAACUACUACUGAAGAAGCUUUCUCGUUAUGAGAUCAUCGAUUUCAACAGGGAUCCUCUGGUUCGUUGUUAUCCUCGAGUCAUAGUGGGCAUCACGUUCCACAAGGACAUGAGCAUCGAUCCUGCAAGAUCUGGUGGUGUCACCAUGUUCGACUUUGGGCGAUUUAUAAGGAGCGCCUACUCGCUGGAGCGGGAGACAGCGAUCGUGCUGGGGGAAAAGCAAGAGGAGAAGAAGAAGAAGAAGCCAAGACUCGUAAUUAUCGCGAGGAAGAGCACAAGAAAAUUCAGCAACGUCGAUGAGAUCGCUCGAAUGGCAGAAUGGCAGGGCUUCGAACCAGUGAUAGCGGAGAUCAAGAAGAACCAAAGUUUGGGGGAAUUUGCGCGCGUAGUGAACUCAUGUGAUGCUAUGAUGGGAGUGCACGGCGCCGGGCUCACCAAUCUUAUAUUCCUUCCCACCAAUGCGGUAGUAAUCCAAGUCGUUCCUCUGGGUGGAUUGGAGACGUACUGUUGGUCCGACUACGGAGUGCCGGCGUUGGAGAUGAAGAUGAGGUACUUGCAAUACAGCAUUAGUGUCACGGAGAGCUCGCUGGUGGACAGGUACGGCAUUACCGAUCCGGCGAUCACAAAUCCGCAAGCCAUUCUGGCUCAGAAGGAUGGUUGGCGGAAUUGGACCUCUAUAUACUUCUUCAAUCAAGAUGUAAGGCUUGACGUGAGCAGAUUCAGUAGCAUUCUCGUGCAUGCUCGCCAGCUUCUUCAUCGGUAGGAAGACUGUUUACUCGACAAGCUCUGAAAGAUUCCACUUCGUUGUGAUUUGUAGAGAUCGAUCGAUCGAGAAGGGAGGAGAAAUGAUGCAUGCAACACUUGGCCGUCGUCA